AUCCAGCUUGCUUACUGAUGCCAUUGCUUUGUCUCCAGUAGCAUGUCCGAUUUCACGGUCAAUCCAUCGGAAGUGGGGGGCUCUGAGAAUACCCCCAAUCGUUACUACUCAACAGGGCCUGGGCCAAUGUCGUUGAACGGUCCGAGGUUGUCCUCGUCGCCUCCACCCCCCUCGUUGACAAAGGAUGAAGUGGACGAAGAAGAUCAAAUGGGUGAUACAGUCGCGGUGAAAGGUGUGAGGGAAGCCCAGCAUGAUCUCAAAGGAAAAUCGCGCGCCGAACACACCAACGGUUCUUGGGAGGAAACGUGGGAUACCAAUCGCCCCGAUAAACCGGCGUCACUGAGUAUUCGACAACCAAACGAUGCGACGGGAAAUCUGCAAUAUUCCGGAAGCCGGAAGCCACAAACUCCAUUGUUGGGAUCCUCUGCGUCGCCUCGUCGCCCCAGCGUGCAAUUUACCCGAGACACUCCUGAGGUCGACCUUGCUGAGGAGCCUCCUUCUAGGCCUUCCUCUAUUAAAGGCGAAGAUGCGGAUCCAGGCCUAAAAGGACGACAAUCUCUGCUUACGAAGUUGAAGUCCUUUGCGGUCUCGCCUUCGUUCGCUUCUCACUCACGUUCAGCCAGUGGCGCCACGCUCAGCGACUUAAGGAACGCCAACAAUGACCUGGCCACCCCUGGCUCGGAGAGGGGUGAGUUUCGCUUCCCAAACACCUUGGAAGAGGAGGGGAGCGACAUUGAUGCCGACGCGGAAGAGAGUGCGGGGGAACAACGGGCCCAACAGCAGAAGAAGAAGAAACUGCCACGUCGGCGACAGCGGGACGAGUCGAUGCCUCCAACACAGCCAAAUACACCCAAAUUUACAAGUCGCCCGUCGUUUCAUCUACCAAGCUCGUUCACUCCCUUCGAAAGCUAUCGCUCGAACUUCUUUCCCCGAAGGGGUAGCACCGGAGAUUUCACUCCUCAACACCGCGAGGGUGUCUCGGAAGAUGAAGGCCGCGAUCGUCUAAACAGGGAUACUGCAUGGAGGCGGAAAAGCGCCUGGCUUGCCAAUGCUCGUGGACUUACCUACAGCGGACGCCAGCUGGACACUCAAAAUACCCAGGAUGAGAGAAGACCCAGCAACCUGCGACGACUAACCGGGUUAGCUGGACCCUCCGAGAAUGCUGAAGGAAUAGCGCCGCCCUGGAGGCGCCACCGGGCCGAUCGUGGCUCCAGCCUUAGUGCUCAAAGAUGGCGGCAGAUAAAGGCUGGACUCAAGUUGAUCGGACAACGGCGCAAAGUUGACAAUACAGUCGACCAUGCAAAAUCGGCGGAACUGCUCGCCGAGCUAACCUCGGGAGUGCCGGCCGCCUUGAUUCUGGCCAGCAUGUUCCAGCGGGAUGAACACGGCAGUAAACGCAUUCCCAUUCUGCUGGAGCAGCUCAAGGUGCGGGUCACCGAUAGUAAGAUCGAUUCUCACUCCGGAGACCGCCAUCUCGUCUUCCGUAUCGAACUGGAAUACGGAAGCGGCAUGACACGGAUGAAGUGGAUUAUCUACCGGACUUUGAGGGAUUUUGCCAACAUACACUUGAAGUACAAGCUGCAUUUUGGAACGCAGAAGUAUAUACAAUUACGGAACACCGAGGGCGCGCAGAACCUGCCGCGGUUUCCUCGAAGUGCGUUCCCAUACCUUCGAGGCGUUCGCGGGCUGGAAAGUGAUAUGGAAGACGAAGAGGAUGACGGUGGCUAUGAGACCGCAGCGGAAGCCACCAGUGGCAACGAGAGGGGUGGGAGAAAGCAGCAAGCACAACGACGCCAGUCGGGGGGUGGCUUGUCUCGGAGACAGUCGAGCGUAACCAAUCCGGAGGGGGAGAGUGCUGCUGGGGCUCCUGGCCCCGUGGAAGCAGGGCAAGCGAAUAAAAAGGAGAGCUACCCUGAAAGACAACGGAAAAAGCUCGAAUCCUACCUGCAGAAGUUGAUUCGGUUCCUCAUCUUCAAGCCUGACAGUAAUCGUCUUUGCAAGUUCCUGGAGCUGUCGGCCCUGGGUGUCCGACUUGCGGCGGAAGGUAGCUAUCAUGGGAAAGAAGGCUUCCUGGUCAUCCAGUCAUCCAAGGGCCUGGACUUUCGCCGGGCCUUAACUCCUGGGAUGGUGAAGAAGCGGCAUUCACCCAAAUGGUUCCUCGUCAGACACAGCUAUGUCGUCUGUGUCGACUCCCCAGAGGAGAUGAACAUCUAUGAUGUGUUCUUGGUCGACGCCUUCUUCAAGCUCCAAACCCAGAAGGUCAGCCUGCGAAACCAGAAGGCAAAGGAUUUCGCGAAGUCGGCCACGGAGUCAGCCAGGCACCCACAGCACCACACGCUGAGGCUCGAGAACUCGGAGCGAAAGCUUAGACUGCUAGCCAGAAACGAGCGCCAGCUUCAUCAGUUCGAAGACUCGAUUCGAUUCAUGGUCAACAACACCCCCUGGGCAAGACCGAACCGCUUCGACAGCUACGCCCCGGUCAGACACAAGUGUUUCGCACAGUGGCUGGUGGAUGCGCGUGAUCACAUGUGGGUUGUGUCGCGCGCCAUCAAUCAAGCGAAGGAUGUCAUCUACAUCCAUGACUGGUGGCUGAGCCCCGAGCUCUACAUGCGCCGCCCUGCGGCCAUCAGUCAGAAAUGGCGUUUGGAUCGCCUGCUCCAGCGAAAAGCCCGCGAAGGAGUCAAGAUUUUUGUCAUCAUGUAUCGAAACAUCAACUCUGCCAUCCCCAUCGAUUCAGAAUAUUCCAAGUUUUCCCUUCUCGAUCUGCAUCCCAAUGUCUUUGUGCAACGGUCUCCGAACCAAUUCAGGCAGAACACCUUCUUUUGGGCGCACCAUGAGAAGCUUUGCAUCAUUGACCACACCUUGGCUUUCGUGGGGGGGAUUGAUCUGUGCUUUGGACGCUGGGAUACGCCGCAGCAUCUUCUCACGGACGACAAGCCCACCGGCUUUGAGACACCGGAUGGACCGAAAGAUGCGGAUCACUGCCAGCUCUGGCCUGGCAAGGACUACUCAAACCCUCGGGUACAGGACUUCUAUGACUUAGACAAACCCUACGAGGAGAUGUACGAUCGCAAUGUUGUCCCAAGAAUGCCGUGGCAUGACAUCUCGAUGCAUGUGGUCGGCCAACCGGCUCGAGACCUCACCCGGCAUUUUGUCCAGCGAUGGAACUAUAUCUUGCGCCAGCGAAAACCUACUCGUCCCACGCCGUUCCUACUGCCCCCACCUGAUUUUGAGGAGGCGGACUUGGAAGCUCUUGGUCUCGACGGCACCUGCGAGGUCCAAAUCUUGCGCUCGAGUAGUAUGUGGUCGACCGGUACCCCUGACAUUACGGAACACAGCAUCAUGAAUGCCUAUGUCAAGUUGAUUGAGGAGUCCGAGCACUUCGUCUAUAUUGAGAACCAGUUCUUUGUGAGCACGUGUGAGAUCGAUGGAAGAAAAAUCGAAAACCUGAUCGGCGAUGCACUCGUGGAACGCAUCACUCGAGCGGCGAAGAACAAAGAAGCCUGGCGUGCUGUUAUCGUCAUCCCCCUGAUCCCGGGCUUCCAGAACACUGUGGAUAGCGAGGGUGGAACGAGUGUGCGUCUGAUCAUGAUGUGCCAGUACCGUAGUAUCUGCCGCGGGGAGACUUCAAUCUUUGGGCGGCUCCGGGCCUUGGGGAUUGAUCCUGAAGAUUAUAUCCAGUUCUUCAGCCUUCGAUCCUGGGGGAAGAUCGGCCCCCAGAAGCAGUUGGUCACCGAGCAGCUUUACAUACAUGCCAAGUGUAUGGUUGUCGAUGAUCGAGCGGCCAUUAUUGGGUCCGCAAACAUCAACGAACGCUCUAUGCUGGGAUCUCGAGACUCAGAGGUAGCAGCUGUCGUGCGUGAUACGGACAUGAUAUGGUCGUCCAUGAAUGGUCGCCCCUUCCUCGUUGGACGGUUUCCACACACCCUUCGCAUGCGCCUCAUGAGAGAGCACCUCGGCAUCGAUGUUGAUGAACUGAUGGAGCACUCCAUGGCGACCGAGGAAGAACUCCGCAGGAUCGAGAUCGCCGAAGAAGGGUCCAAGUCACCCGAAAGCCAUGAGCGGCCUGACUCGGAAUCUCUGAUGCUAGAGAAGAAGGACGAGAGAGACAUGAUCGAGCGUCGCCACCGCAUUCAGGACGAAUUUCUCUCCCGGUCGGAAGACAUGCAUAGCUUCAACCACGAUGUUGACUGGGAGCAGGGCAACAAUCCUAACCUCAAGUCGAACCGGAAGCUCACCGCCGACCCCAGAGUCACCUCCAACGCCGAGCACAGGAAGGAUGUGGACGGCUUUGGCCCGGACAAUCUUCAUACCGCUCGGGAAGCUGGAUUGGGGGACGCUCGCGAUUCCGAGUAUCUGAACGCGAAGACGGAAGUCUUGGUCUCUCCCCUCGCCUCCGAGGGGAAGGGCACCGUCCAGCAGCCGAAGAAACAUGCCUCGUCACGUAGUGGUGACAAAGACACCCCUCGGGCUACAUGCGCCCCUACUGGCCCGGAAAAUGACGCGAUGCAGGUGGUGGAAGGGCUGUCAGCUGUCCGUCACCCUGCGCUACCAUCGGAGAACGAAACCGAGAGUAGCCAUAGUGGCGGCCUGGCGUCCCCUCGGGAUCGGCAUGACACUACGACCAAGCCUUCCCACUUGUUCGCUCCCGACGUGAAACACGUCUUCAUUGACAAGGAUUGCAUGAGGGACCCUGUGAUCGACCUCUUCUACUUGGACACGUGGCACGCGGUAGCCGACAAGAACACCAAGAUCUACCGGAGCGUCUUCCGCUGCAUGCCCGAUAACGAGGUGAAAUCGUGGAAGGAAUACAAAGAGUACGCCGCAUAUGGAGACCGCUUUGCUGAGAUGCAGAGCCAAUCCAGUGCCAAGGCCUUCCAACCCCCCGGCCAGCGACAGACCGGCCCACCUGGUACAGCAUCGGGCCUCGCUGGAACAGCUGCCGGCCUCAAGCACAGCCUUCCUCUCCAUGGUCAGGGUCAGAGUACCGAAGGCGAGAAGGCGGAUCAUAAGGAGCCCGUCGAAAGCCCUGCGGUCCUGACCGCAGACCCCAGUCACAAUACCGAUGCGCAGCAGCCUAGCCUGGCGACUCCGGAGCCUACAGACGAGAAAUCCGCGAGAAGGGCGGUUGACGGGCCAGCACCGGGACACGUGCAGACUGGACGAAACGAAGAAAGUGGCUCGUCCGGAGAGGAUCUUGAGAAACAGCGGUCCGAUCCGCCGCUUAUUGAUUAUUCCGAGGCCUUGAAUCGGAAUGCGACAGGCCAAUCUCGGCGGCGCAGACGAAGGGCGACGACGCUCGGGUCGAAACGAGACUUCCAUGCGUCCGACGAGGUAAUGGACAAGCAGCGGGCGGAGGAUCUCUUGAAUCAAGUACAGGGGCAUCUUAUUCUUUGGCCCUACGAUUGGUCGGUCAACCCCCUGCCUCGCGUAUUGCGACAUCGAUUGUCAACCCUACAGCUACUGACCGACGGUGUGGUAUAUAUAUAUAGGCUUGAAAAGGAAGAACAGGGCGGCAAUUGGCUUUACACGCUUGACCAGAUCUCCCCGCUAGAAAUCUAGUAAGUAGCCUGUUCCUGAACUGAAACAUCUGCGCCGUGUCCUUUCUAACUCUCGAGUAGCAACUAACCCAAUGUUCGACUGGCUUUCUCGGCCUGGACACGAGGCUCUGGCCAGGCCAACAUGUCGUCCCAUU